CGGUGAUGACUCGGCGACAGGUCUUCCUGUUCGCUGUUGGCGACAACGGCGACUUUGCGGCGACGACACGCUCCCCCGAUGCCGAAGGCACCCUCGACCACCUUCACCCAUGUCCGCGCAGGCGAUUGGCAGUCGCCGAAUAACCCACACGCUCUCAGACGGAACCAGGCGUGCCACCAGUGUCGGAAGCGGAAACUGGUAAGCACACACCCGGCUGACGCAAAACGACCAUGCACGACAUGCAUCCGAUCGCAUGCAUACGCACUCUCGCACGCGCCUCCAGGCGCGCAGAUGCCGCGGGCCCGGACUGCACAUAUGAUAUGGGUGAUCCCCGAUCUCUCCGGCCUACAGCAGCAAGAUCCGCCUGAAGGUCGGCUCGAAAAGCUCGAAAAUAGAAUAGCGGAACUCGAGACGCUCCUCGCUGAAUCGGCCGCGCAAGGCAGACCCUCACACAUCCCCAUCGACCCGUCCCUCUUGCCCGACUCCGGCCAUAAUGUCCAGCAGAUGCGCACAUGUCCUCCAUUACGGCCCCACGCGCAGACGGGUGCGCUGAAUAGUCUUGCAGAGGCCGCCGCACUGUCGGUGAACUCGCACCAGAUGCAGAUUGAAGAGGAGAUUCCCCUGCACGUCCCGAGGCCGCAUCCUAUCGAAGAGAACAUGCCUGGCCCCGAGCUGUUGAGGCAUCUAGUGGAGGCAUACUUCUCGUUCAAUGCGGAUGCCAACAGGCUCCUCCACCGCCCCACUUUCAUGGCCAACCUUUCGCUCCCGCCGACGCACCCGCGCUUCCCGGUGGCCCCGUUGCUCCAUGCUAUAUGCGCGGUUGGCAGCUUCUACACUGCGGCAGUCGAUCCUGCUCCGAAACCGAUGAGGUCGCCCUUCCCCAUGGAUGACCCCUUCGAUGGCAGACAUUGGAUGCAUGCACGAAAACCGUAUUCUUUCGCGGAAGCGCAAGUGAAGUAUGCGCAAGAGACGAUCUUGGGUUUUGGGCAUGUCGGGUCAGAGAUUUUCCAGGCGGUGCAAGCUGAGAUCCUGCUAAGCACGUGGUAUUGGGCAUCAGCAAAGUGUGCGUAUAUGACAAUAUCGCGCUCGCUGCGCUCAUGUACACCAAUGGGCUUGAAUGUCGCCGCGCCUUUUCAAGCACUCUCCGGAAGCUCCAGACCGCCGUCACUGUUGUCCCCUCCGAAGACCGCGCUGGAGGAAGAGUUGAGGCGAAAUGCAUUUUGGCUAGCUUAUGCCUCGGAGCGUACCAUGGGGGCCGGUCAUGGUUGGGCUCUCAUGCUCGACGACGAGGAUGUUUCUCAACUGCUCCCUGUUUGUGGCGAUGACUUCGACGAGGAGAGGUCCGUCCCCUCCCACGAACGGCAGUGGUCGCACGACCACGACAUCCUCAUCCGACACCCUCCCCGGCAGACGGACCCGUUCAUCCUCUACAUCAAGUCGUGCAUCCUUAUCUCUCGGGUCAAAAACUUCAACUCCCGUUUCCGCGCGAAGUAUUACGCUGGCGACCCGGCGACCUUGCCAGUGGGCCCGAAUGGCGAACGUACGCCGAUCAAGGACAUCCGGACGGCCCCUGCGUUCACUGAGCUCAACCAGCUCAUUAACGACUUCCAGAGCUCGAUACCGCCGCAUUGGAAGCGCCCGGUGCAGAAUGGGGUCGUGAACGCGCAUUUGUUCGCGGCGGUCACGACGCCGCACCUCGCAAUCAUUCUCCUCCACGAGGCGCAUGCCCACAUCGAGUCGGAGACGUGUCCAUCGUCGCUGCGGAUCCUGACUGCUGCGCGAGGUAUCUUGAACCUCAUGUACGAUGUCUGCGCGACAAGCUAUAACCUGUCGUUGCUGGGGCAGUUUGUUGUGGCGGCAUGGUUCAUGGCCGGUCGAGUACUCAUUCGCUUCUUGCGCAUCGCCGUCCCGUCGAACGCGACACAACACACAGCGACACUGAUAGCAGAGCUGGACUUCAUACGGUAAAUCGCUACGCCAAGAUGAUGCAAGACUUAAUUCAAGAAUGUUCGGGAGGGGCUGCCGCUGGUCUGGCUUCCAUCAGCACUCCGUCUUCAACAGGCAUGGGCAAUAAUGGCGUCCAGAUGUCCUUCAGUUAGCGGUAUCUUGUGAGGCGACGUCGUGUUCUGAGUUUGAGAUGGAUUCAGUAUGUUAUCACUACUGGUACCGUUGCCUGUUGUUUUUGCUUUCGACGUCUGUAAUGAGUAUGAGCGUGCGGAGUACGCAAUGUGACAUUUGCUGAUUCAUUC